AUGGAAGCUUUAUACCGAAGGUCUUGUAGAAAGUUUGAGGAUAGGGAGGUUGAACGAGAAAAAGUUGAGCAAAUCCUCAAGGCAGGAAGGUUUGCACCAACUGGAAGAAACAAUCAAGAACUGAUUUUUCAUGUAAUUCAAAAUAAAGAGUUAUUGCAACGAUUAGUUAAAGAAACACAAGAGGCAAUGAGAAAAUCACCAGAGCACGCUAUGAUGGCUAAUAACCAAAUCACUUACGGAGCUCCUGUUGCAAUUACUAUGACGUGCAAAAAGGAUAUGAUGAGAUGGGCUGAAUUUGACUGUGGAUUUGCUUCACAAAAUAUGCUUGUUUGUUGUGAAAUGCUUGGACUAGGGGGAUUACCUCUAGGAAUUAUGAGAAGAACACCAGAGCCAUGGUUGAAGGGAUUGGGUUGUGGUGAUGAUGAAGUCCUUCUAUUAACUAUUGCUAUUGGGUAUAAAGAUAAAAGUGAAGAGCCACAUGAAAAAGAGUUAAAGAGUGAAGUGGUUUACAUCAAUUAA